AUGUCGGAUACAAAGCUUGUGUGUAAUAUCUGUGGCUCAUCGUACACAUUACCUGAAGAUGAAGUUUUGGGGAAUCUCCCGCACGUGCUGUUGUGCAGUCAUAUUUUCUGCAUCACAUGCUUGCGCGUGCUCGAGUCCCCGCAGAACGUCAUCACGUGCCCGGAAUGCCAGAUGGACACCAGUGUUGGUGAGGAAGGGGUUGAUGGUUUAGAGGUGGACAGCAGAAUCAUUGGCCUAAUCUAUGCUGCACGGAUGAACUCCAAGAAAGGGCACUCAGAAGACAAACAGAAAUAUGUAAGGUUUAGGAGCCCACCCUCAUCUGCAGUUGUCAACACACAGGAGAAUGCUGAAACGAGGCCAGAUGUAGUUAAAGUUUUGGAUGAAGCUCUCGUGAAGGCAGCUGCAAACCUGCAUCAACUUGAUACACUUCACCAGACUUUAGUCAAAGGUAUUCCAGAUCAACUGAGGAAAGAGAGAACUCGAAUUAUCAGAGAAAUUGAUGAAGCCGUUGAUAAAGCAAGGAGCAUUCUGCUGAAACGACAGAGUGUGUUGUUAUCAAAAUUGAGUGCUGUGGAGCAUCUCUUCUUGGAUGGCCAAAAGGAGUGAAGAAUAGAAGAGAGAGUGAAAGAGCUGCGCACAACCAUUCAGAAAGCUCGACAUGUCCGACAGGUUCCUUCUCUAGUGACCUACUGCAUCCUAGAUGAGAUUUUGGAGACAUUACACAUUCCAGUGGAUGUUGAGUCAUAUGACAUGAGCUGUCUGUCUUUGCAUUCAGGACUCAGCUGCCGUCUUCAGGUGGAAAGUCUUACUGAAAACAAAGUUCUCUUCAUGGAGAUCCCAGCUGACAAGCCCCUCUCUCAGGCUGGCUGCAAUAUUUUCCCCUGUUUGGUCAUCUGGGAAGUAGGCAGUUUGAAGGCAGCAAGCUUUGAGGUUGAAGUCUUCAGUAAUGAAAUGCACCCACCCAAUUCACUGGUACAUGAACCCAGGUGCAAAGAAAGGCACAGGGUACAGAGAAGACAUCACACGCUGCAGACUGACAAGCGCUCAACUUCACGUCCUAAGUUAGUGCACUACGUUUUGGUGAGCCACAUUGUAAACCCUGGACAUUUCUACAUACGAUAUAUGACUGAACACAAGUCUGGGCAUAAAUUGACGAAAAAGAUCAGCACAUUCUGCGCAGGGGAGAAUAGCCACUUCAUGUUCAGUGAUGAAAUCAAGAUAGGCUCUCUGCUCUUUGUGUGGAAGGAGGAUGUCUGGUGUAGGGUAACAGUGACUGAGCUCUUCCAGAAAGAGUGUUUCCAGAGUGUGAACAAAUGCCCUGCUUCAGAAGUCGCCUGUCUAUGUGUGUACUUCCAGGACUAUGGCUUCACCAAGGGGCUCUCAAUCCCAAGUGAUGGAGGUUUGAAAGGGUUGAAUGAAUGUCUGCGGAAACCUGAUUUAGCUGCUCUGUCUGAAAUGCGCUACUGGGCUCCCCUGGCCAUCAAAUGUUCUCUUAAAGACAUUAUUUCUUCAGACCUGGUGAGAGGGUGGAGUUCAGAAGCAAGUGAAGAGAUGAGGACCCUGUUGGGAUCUGAGGCCAUGGAGAUGCAGGUGUUCAGUACAGAUGGAGACUCUCUGUUAGUAUAUCUGAAGAAACCACCAAUGCUGUCAAUGAGGGAGUACCUGGUUUUCAUGGAACUGGCCAGAUUCUGCUCUCCUAUGGCAGCUCCUAGAGGAAGUGCGUCCCUGUUGUUCUACUCUCCAGUUACCCCCAAACCCAACGUUGAGGUCAACGCUAUGGUUUCUCAUGUAAACACACCGUCAGACUUCUAUAUACAACUAGUUGAAAAUAUGGAGUACCUGCUGUUGCAUUCGAAGCUUCAGGACUGUUAUGGUUCUUCUACACCACACAGUGAUUUCCAGAUAUUCUGCCCUUCACUGUCACAGACCUGUGUCGCUAGCUAUGACCAAGAGUGGUGCAGGGUCCAGGUCACAGGUUUCCCUGGUGGUCAAAGGGUUGAGGUUCGGUAUGUGGACUUUGGAUACAGAAAGACUCUCUCCGUGAAAGACCUGAGACAGAUAAAGGACGAGUUCUUUGCUUUGCCAGAAAUGGCAGUGUGGUGCAGUCUGUCUGAUGUUGACAUUUUGGAGGAGACGUGGAUUAAUGAAGCCAGUGAAGUGUUUAAGGAGCUCACAGAGCAGAAGCUUGUCACUGUGGUGGCACAAAAGCUAGUGCCCGCCACUAGUCCAGUGCCUGUGUGUCUGUUGGAGGUCAGCGAUGAUUGUACUGGAGCAAGUAUUAGAGACAUACUGGUCAAGAAGGGGGUUGCUGUUUCCAGUAAACACACCCAGGUUAAAGACCCCCAGCACUUGGAGGCAACCGUAUGGGACCCUCCAUUUGAAGAAAAAGUUCUACCUGAGCAGACUCCCCCUCCGGCUUCUGAAGAGCUGCCGGCAAACCUGAGUCUGCCCACCUGUUUAAAAGACCUCAGAGUUCGUGUGACACACGUCACCUCCCCUGGAAACAUCUUUGUGCAGCUGCUACAGUUUGAUGGCCAGCUAAAGAGAAUCCAUGACCUGCUAAAGAAUCACUACUCUAAGUCAGAGCCACAGGAGAUGGAGUGGGAAGCAGAGAUGUUCUGCGCUGCCAACACCACUGGGGUUUGGGAAAGAGGAAAAGUGUGCAGUUUGUCCUUCAGCAGUGGUGUUGCAGAGGUUUUGCGUUGUGACUUCGGUAAUAAGGUGAAGCUUCACGUGAACAGUCUUAGACCUCUCUGUCCUGAUCUGAUCGGGUCCUUCUUACUAGAAUGUAACCUCUGUGGUAUAAGGCCAGCUGGUGGUCUCUCCACAUGGACGGCCACAGCGUGUGACUUUAUCUCUCACUACUUGACCGGCGCAAUGGCCGUAAUGACUAUAAAGGACAGUUCUUCCGUGCCGGUGCUGGUGUCUUUGUUCUGUUCGAACCGGGCUGGUCAAAACGUCAGUAUUGCAGAUUUCCUCAUCAGUGAAGGCCUUGCACUCAAAGAGAGAAAUGCUGCUUCCACAUCUCAGAAAGCCUUUUCAGAGGAGUGUGUGCUAAGUGAGCAGAACCCUGAACCACAGACAACUAAGAGCCCACCUCAGACUCAGCUGACACCUGCCCCUCGCAUCAACCCUCCACCAGAGAGAGUACAGACACAUGCCUACCGCCCUCCAGAGCUGCCUCCCUGCAGACACAUGCUUAUGAGCAUUUCGGCCAUUUCCAAACAAGGUGUCAUUUACGCAAUGACACAUCAAGCAGUGUGUGAAUUUGAUCACUUAAGUGGGCGGCUGCAGCAGCACAUUAGAAGCCUUCCAAGACAGAAGAACUACAACUGGAAAGGAGUUUUGGGCUGUGCUGUCAUGGGAACUGAUAUGUUUUGGUACAGAGGUCAGGUUCUUGAGGUCAUUGGAGGACAUGUAAAGGUCCGAUAUGUGGAUCAGGGACUUGUGGAGAGUAUUCCAGUUUGCCACGUGUACCCAGUGGUCCUCUGUGAGGAUGUGCCACAGCUCUGUGUGCCCUGUCAGAUAAAUGGGAUCAUACCGAUUGAAAAAGGAUGGCAAUUGGACGCUGUAUUGCUCAUGAAGCAGUUGCUACUUGGACGUCCAGUCAGUGUCCACAUUAUGGAACACCCAGAGGAUCCCAGUGGCUGUGUUACCGUAAAGAUAACAGUGGAUGGCAUGGCACUCAGCAAGAUAAUGGUGCAUCACCAAUAUGCCACUUUUGACCCCGCCAUCAGCAGCCAGGAGGAUUAUGUGGUUAAGCCUCCUGUCCCGGAUUUGGAUGACUGGGACAUAAACACAGAGGGGCUGGAGGAGCCACAGCCUGUGUUAGGGGUCUAUAAAGAACUCAAACUUCCCAUAAAUAGGAAACAUUUCCCCAUCAAUGUCAAGCACAUCCGCACCCCUGAUGAGAUGUUCCUGUGUGUGUUGGAUAAGACGGGUAAACAGAAAGAGGGAGAGAGUUUGGAGGAAGCUCUCGAUUACAUAAAUGAGAAUGUUGAAAAUCUAAGCCUGCUAACAGACUUCCCCAUCGAGUGUCCUUGUCUGGCCGAGUACAGUGAUGGUACAUAUUAUCGUGCAAAGCUACUGUGUUUUUCGGAAGUCACUCCUACUGUCAAGCUCCUUGUGAGACAUGUGGACUUUGGCUCUGAUGACAUCUUACCAAUACCCAAACUGCAGCAGCUCCCUGCAUCCCUCCAUCAUUUCCCAUGUGCGGCACUUUGCGUUAAGUUAGCAGGCUUUAGACCACCGGCCUUAUGCACAGAGCUGGACCGGAUCCCUUACCGACCAGAAUGGAGCAUAAAAGCCAUGCUGGAGAGGAUUGACAUGUUAAAUGGCGACCUCGCUGCUGUGGUGAUUGCAACAGAACCAGAGCUAAAAGUGUUGCUGUACAAAGCGGAUGGAACGCUUGUGCACACACCUCUGGUGGAGAAAGGCCUUGCUGUUUAUAAAUAACACUUAGAAAGUUUCUUUAGGUUCUGGCAGUGACAGCCGAGUUCAUCAGAUUUUAUAGAAGCUUGAAGGACAGCAAAACAUUUUAUGUUGGUGCAGUAUGGCCUGUCGUUUUGUCUAAAUACUUGGUGUUUUUAGUUUACAUUUGUGCAG